AUGGUAGCUUUAUUUCAAUCUGCAUUAAAAAAACGCAUGCUAACUCUCAUUAAGAUACUAUCUGAAUGCAAUGAUUACCAUCAAGUCAGACUGAGUUAUGUAAAUAAAUAUUAGAAAUAGGAAGACAGUAUCACAAGACGUAUAACUUAUGUAUUAUAAUAUACUGAUGAACAGGCCCCUCCAAUCUAGCACUUAGCGGGUAUUGUUUUAAUGGUUGAGUAACGAAUAAUCCAUUGUAAAAUAAUGUUUUUUAGGUAAAUAUAGAGUUCAUCUGCAAAUAUAUAAAAUAUACAUGAUCCAGCUACUUCUAUUAAUAAAUUUGGAGUUGUGUAAAAUUUACAAUUAUAAGUUCAGUGAAUAGCCUCAAAAAAGACAUACUGUCUCUAACCUACAUCAAAUUAGACAUGUGCUACAAAGACUUUUAGAUAGUUUAAAUCGAUAUUCAAACGUAGAGUCUCAGAAAUAGAUCGGAAAAGUAAUAUCAGUUUUUGAAUAGCUAGUAAAGUUAUCAACGGGCCAAAGGCUAACAUCUCAAAGAAGUUUAAAAAGAGUUAUAUUUGUAACGUUUAUUAUGGCUAGUUUACUUUUGA